UGUUUACUCAGCAUCCUCAAGUUUAAUUUUUGUGUUGAUUGGCAGGUGUUCGUCGCUCCAGGGUCACUGCCAUGGUCCUGAAGGUGUUCUUUCCCUCGUGCUGCUCCUCAGCAGACAGCGGCAUUCUGAUCGGCCGCUGGAUCUCCGAGCAGAGCUCUGCUGUCAUCCUUGCUGUGGUGCACUUCCCCUUCAUUCCUGUCCAGGUGAAGCAGUACCUUGGGGAAGUUCAGCGUGUGACUAAAGUCAGUGUUUCUGUGCUGGGCUCAUGGAGCAACAGCAAACAAGAGAAAGAAGAGAGUCUCAGUGAAUUCUUGGAAGACCUUGGGACCAUAUUCUGCCAUGAGCCGUGGAUCCAGAUAAGCAAAGAGGGAGACAGCAAAUUCUGGAGCUGUUCUACCCUUCAGAAACACUCUAAGAACCCUCAGGAGGAAGAAAUCAUCUUGGUGUACUAUGACCAGCGCAAGGUCAUGCUUUCCCACCUGCACCCCCCUUUGGACACAGCUGGCCAGGGGGCAGAGGAUGCCUCAAAGCUCUCAGCCAUCUUUGACACGGUGGCCAGGAGCCAGGUGCUGUUCAUGACAGACAGGUACGACGAGGGGCCCAUCAAGCUGACCCACUGGCAGUCGGAUGGGGUGGAGGCCAGUAUCAUCGUGGAGCUGCUGAAGCAGGCCUCUGUGCCUGCCUGCAUGCUGCUGACAUUCCUGCUCUCUCUGCUCUCUGGGAUCUGCAGGAGCAGGGUGCUGAAGUUUUGGCCUUUGUCUUUCUUGUGGAGCAAACUCUCAACUUGUGAGCAGCUGGGACAUCGCCUGCAGCACCUCCAGGUCAUCAGCAGCAACAAGAAGGCUCAAAACCAAAAUCAGCUGAUGAGGAAAGCCAACAUCUUUGUGUCUCUGCUGGUUGAUGUGGCCCUGGGGAUCCUGCUGAUGUCGUGGCUGUACAGGAAGAACCGCAUUGGUCACCUUGCUGACACUCUCAUCCCUGUGGCUGACCACGUGGCUGAGGAGCUGCAGGACCUGCUCCAGUGGCUGAUGGGAGCACCAGCUGGGCUGAAAAUGAACAGAGCCUUGGAUCAAGUUUUGGGCCGCUUCUUCCUUUAUCACAUCCAUCUUUGGAUCAGCUACAUCCACCUGCUGUCCCCCUUCAUUGAGAUGAUCCUGUGGUACGUGGGGCUCUCGGCCUGCCUGGGCCUGACCGUGGCUCUCUGCAUCCUCUCCGACAUCCUCGCGCUCCUGACCUUCCACAUCUACUGCUUCUAUGUCUACGGAGCCAGGCUCUACUGCCUGAAGAUCUACGGCCUGUCCUCCCUGUGGCGCCUGUUCCGGGGCAAGAAGUGGAACGUGCUGAGGCAGCGGGUGGAUUCCUGCUCCUAUGACCUGGACCAGUUAUUUAUUGGCACUUUGCUGUUCACAAUCCUGCUGUUCCUCCUGCCUACAACUGCACUGUAUUAUUUGGUGUUCAUCCUGCUCCGGUUGCUGGUGGUGGUUGUGCAGGGCCUCAUACACUUGCUGGUGGACCUGAUUGACUCCCUGCCUCUUUAUUCCCUCAUCCUUCGCCUCUGCAGAUCCUACAGGCUCGCAGCUGGAGUGAAGUUCAGAGUCCUUGAGCAGCAGGAUGGAAAACCUCUACGGCUCCUUAUGCAGAUCAACCCCCUCUCCUACGGAGGUGUGGUCCAGACCUACAGACUGCCCACCUACAGCUGCUAUCCCAGGGACUCCUGGGCAUCUCUCUGCAAGAAACUGUUCCUUGGGGAGCUCAUCUACCCUUGGAAACACAAAGGAGACAAGCAGAACUAAAUACAGUGGAAGAACUUAGGAACCUGACCUGGGAAACAUGCCGACUCCUAAUGCCUUGGGACCAACGGCUGCUCAGAGCCAGCAGCUGCUCCAUCCCU